AUGGAGUCAGGCCUCUCACAAGCCUUCCAGGAAGAGCUCACCUGCCCGAUCUGCCGGAGCUGCCUUACAGACCCAGUCACCAUAAGCUGUGGCCACAGCUUCUGUCGAGCCUGCCUCCACCUUUCCUGGGAAGACAGUCCUGCCCAUUGCCCUAUGUGUAGGGAACCAUCCCAGCAGAAGGACUUCAAAACGAGCAUUGUUCUGAAGAAGCUGGCGUCCAUCGUCAGACAAGCUAGCCUCAUGAAGUACCUGAUCUCCGAGGAGAAUAAGUGUGUGAUCCACAAGGAGACCAAGGGGAUCUUCUGUAUGGAGAACAGCAUCUACCUCUGUCGACUCUGCUCUGACUCCCAUGAGCACAGAGGUCACAAACACUGUCCCACUGAAGCAGCUGCUGAGGGUCAAAUGGAGAGACUUCUGAAGCAAAUGGAAUCAUUGUGGGAGAAGAUCCAAGAAAAUGAAGAGAAUCUGGAGGCAGAGAUAGUGAUGAUAAGUCUGUGGGAGACCUGCUUGAUUGAAAGAGAAGAAGCAAUAAGGGCAAAGUACAGGGCAUCUUACCCAGACCUCACUGAACAGGAAGAAGAGCAUAUUGAGUGUUUGAGAAAAGAAGGCAAUUAUUAUUUAGAGAAACUCCGGAAAAGUAAAGCCACGAUUGUUGAAACGAGCAAACAACUAAGAGAAAUGUAUCAGGAGCUGAUGGUGAUGUCCCAGGAGCCAUAUGUGAUACUGCUGCAGGAUUUUGAUGACAUAUUCAGAAGGAGCGAGUCAAUACAACUGAGCAAGCCCCUGGCCAUGAUACCAGAACUCGGUGGCCUAGCCGUCCAUGGACUAAUUUAA